UAGAAAUGGGAAUUAUUAUUGUUGCUGUUGAACAUAUUUAGUUCAUGGGUCAUUAUUUCUAGUAUCAGUUUGGAGUUUAAAAAUAUAAAUUAGUGGAUCAUACCAUUGUAGGCUGUGAAAGGUUUUCCCACACUCUCGGUCGCGCUCUUUCUGUUCGGAUUCCGUGGGAGAAGGCGCUGUGCGGGACUGAAAAGUACACUGUUCUGAUUGAUACUAUUUUCUGCCAUUUGAAUGCAGAUGUAGCAAGUGUGUGCUGUAUGUGGGAAAGUCGGAGCCCAGACUGUUGCACUGAUUUAUUUUUGUUUUAAAACAGGUAUGUGAGUUUCUUCAAAGUGUUAUCUGGAUGUUAGAGUAAUGUAAUUAAUAUGUUUUCAUAUAUAUCUUUUUAUUGAUUCAAUCUGAAUUGUGGGAGUGGCGACUGUCGGGCAGGUGAUUUGUUUGUUUUUGUUUUGAUUGUUUAGAUGUUAAACAAUGUUAGUGAACCUCUGAUGGAAUUCUGCGUGAGUUCGCGCCGAACUGCGCUGGGGAGAGGUGUGUGCUGUAUGUGGGAAAGUCGGAGCCCAGACUGUUGCACUGAUUUAUUUUUGUUUUAAAACAGAAUAAACCUGCUAGACAUCCCGAGUCCUCGUCUGCUGGUCCCUUUUAUUACACAACGCAGAGUCCAAGUCGGCUACAGUGGUGCCGUGACCCGGAUCCACACUGCUUCGGACAAGUUCAUCACGUGGUUCGUGAAGAGUGGAUCAACGUCAGCUGGUCACCAGAGGUUGCUUGUUACAUUAAGACAUCUAUACAAACUGAAUAGUAUAACAGAGUUGGAUGUUGAAUAGUGUUUUGCUCCACCAACAACAACAAAAUAUAUAUAUACAUUUUAAAUAUUUGCAUUUAUGUAAACGAUUGUAAAAGAAAAUUUAAAAAAAAAAGAAAAAGAAAAUGACUUAUGUUAAAAAUAAGGCAGACGAGGAUAAAUGUUCAUUGAGUCAUGUUAACUUCUCUGUGGGGAGAGGGAGAAUGAUUGAGGCUUCGCCUUUUACCCCAGUUCGAAACAGUCAUGAUGCAGGCUCUCCAGCCUUUUGUUCUACGCGUGUAGUUGAGAAUGUAUCUUCUAGCGUUGAGUAUGAUGGUGCAGUUCCGGACGAUUCAGUUAGUGCUGAUCCACCAUUAAGUGACCUUAUUACAAGCAUUGCACAACAAGUUGGACAGUCCAUAAUGGACCGUCUUAAGGGUGAAUGUGGGGAAGGGAGUGUGAAGGGUCUGCAAUCUCAGAGCAGUGUGGGCCAAUCACAGAGUGAACCCACUUACCUCAACUUGACUGGGGCAAAGUUAGUACUACAGCCAGAUGUCAAAGAACCCCCCACUUUCAGGGGAGAUGGUUCUGACAAAUACACUGUUGGCGAGUGGGAAGAAUUAAUGAAAAUCUACUUCAGAAAACGAGGCACACCCACUAACGAACAGAACACUGAGAUUCUCUCUAAGUUGAUGGGAAAAGCUAAGGACAUUGUGAGAAUUACACUGCGAAGCAGCCCUUCACUAAAGCCUCAGGAAAAACCAGAUAUUGUCUACAGCAUCCUUAGACAACAUUUCAGUGAUGUGCCCUUUUCAUGUAUGCCUAUGGCCGACUUUUAUAACACUGUGCCACUAGCAAGAGAAACACCCCUAGAUUACUGGGUACGCUUGAACAAGGCAGUUGAUGCAGCGGAAGAGGGUUUAAAGAGAUUAGGACGGCAUCUGGAUAACCCUUGCCAAGAAGCAACUAUGAUGUUUGUGAAACAUUGUCCAGACCCAGCGCUUGCUGCCAUCUUGAAGUUCAAGGCACCAGACAAAUGGACGGCUGGUGAAAUUCAGGAACACGUUGAUCGUUACCAAAUUGAAACCAGAGAGCAGACAUCUUCCAGGUCAAGAUAUCCUAAACUAGCUACUGCUCAUGCUCAAGCUCCUGUUCCUGAGCAAUUAUCACCACCACCCAGCCACUUAAGAGACAAUCCAUCACACCGAGAGACUGGUGCCGCAGCCCGUCACAUUGCAACGACGGUUGCAUGA